AUGGUGGAAGAAGGCAUGAGAGCGGCAGGAGGAGCGGCAGGAGGAGGAGGAGGAGGAGGAGGAGGACUGUCAUCGGGGUCAGCAGCAGGGAGAGCGGCAGCUGUAGCAGGAGCAGCAGGAGGGCGGGUAGCCGGCUUCCCUGUUAGCUGCUUUCUGGACGCAGAGUUCGAUGCCCAGGAGUUCGUUGGGAAGGCGAGGAGGUCGGUAGGGCUAGAGGAACUGCUGAGCGAGCUCCAGAGCCACUUGCUGCGGCUCAGGGAGGGUCUGGUGGAUGCGAUCAACGAGGACUAUGCCGCGUUCGUCGGCAUGGCUUCGAGCUUGAAGGGGCUUGACGGCCUGCUGUCGCGGGUGAGGGCGCCAGUCGAGUCGCUGAGAACAGAGAUGAUGGAGCUGCGAGAGUCUACAGCAGGUGUGCUCUUGCAGCUGGAGGGGAAGCUAGAGGAGAGGAGCUCCAUCCUGUCAGCCCAGCAUCGACUGGAGUUGUUGUUAGACAUUGAGAUGGGGCUGUCUCGGAUGGAGGCGCUGCUGAUGAGAGACAUUGCUGAGGCCUCAGAGUACAACGAGCAGGAGGAGAGAGACGAUGGUGACGCCCGAGAGCUGUCCAUCAGCGAGCUCAUGCGGGGAGCGAACGUGCUCGAGCGAGUUUCGAACGAGACGGCCAGGUUACGAGGGCAGGUGCUCCGGUUAGAAGAGAGCAUGGACAAGAAGGACUUGUUGAAGCGACUGGACCAGCUGCAGGAUCAACUACUGAAGCGUCUCAACUCAAUCUUCGGGGCUGCUAUCUCCUAUGACACGAUCUCCGAGACAUAUGGCCGGGAGGGGAAGAAGGGAGGACAGGGGUCCUCUCCCUUUGAAGGAAGAGAGGGAGUGAUCGAGACCUGCAUGAGAUCGUAUGUGAUCGCUGAGAAGGUUGACGCCUGUCAGAGCGUCAUCCGCUCUGACUGCAUGAGACCCUUCAUCUCGGCUACCGUGACGGUACAGAAGCUUGAGAUGGGGAGGAGUGGGUCAUGCGAUGGUCUCGAGGGCAUGUACAGUGAGCUGCUAAGAUUCGUUGAUGAAUGGUGUCUGCCACUCUCCAAGCACGCAGCAUCCGCUCUUGGGCUUCGAACGAACGAGGAUGGGAAGCUGGUGACUGACGAGACUAGCUUGGAGGGGGAAGAGGAUAUGGUUGGCGAGGGCAGUGAGAUCGUCGGGUGGUCGGGCGCCGCUAUAGCCUCCAGAAGCUUCAUCCUCGGCAACUGCUUCUUUGCUGAGCUCUCUUCCCUCCUUCUCAGUGUGGGAGGGCGACGAUUGACACAGUACCUGGACGAUGUUUUUGGGAGGAAGUACCACAGCACCAUGAAGUUUCUCGAAGAUCUGGAGAUGAGAUGCCUCAAUAGGGAGGAGGCAGAAGCUCUCCGCAACCACGUCUCCCUCCAAGACUUCCUGCAGAAGUGGGAGCUCCCCCUGCGAGCCUUCGUACAGUUGCGCCAGCAGGAGGUUUCACAGAACCUCUCUGCCCUUCUCUUGACUCCCUCGCAACUUUCUGAGGCGAUCCGAGAGAGGGAGCGACAAGCACAGGCGGCGGCAGCGGCAGAGGAUACGGCCACGAAAGACAACAAGGAGGGCAAGGAGAGCAAAGAAGACGCUGCUCAAGCUCAAGAUGUUCAAGAGUUCUCAGCUGAAAGGCCGCCCUUGCCCACUUACAACGAGGGCGACAGCUCAUGCUCGAACCGUUUCCAUCUCAAGGGCACGUCAAGUGUGUGGGAAUCAUUGACGAUCAUAUGGAAAGAUCCCAUCCCCUCUAUCUCUCACAGACUCCUUCAACUCUCUCUCAUGAUUAUCUGGAAAUUUUCGGGCUGGGCGGACGAAUGGGCAGCUCACAUGCCAGCUCGGAUCUCAACAACUGAGGAGCGGAGCGGCUCUUUCCCCUCUGGAUCGAACAAGAGAGACAAAGACCUCAAGUUUGCAGCUGCGCUGUGCAGCGAUUGUGAGCUUCUGCAGCUGGAGAUGAGGCGACAAGUGAUAGGAUGGGCAAGGGAGGCCGUCCUGGCUACCAGGAACGAAGUCCCCGAGCUCAGCGAGAUGUUGACCAAGACCCUUGAACCUUGCGAAGACAAGAUUUCUCAGCUCAUGGAGAACCUCUUGGGCACGAUCACACAAAAUCUCACGACCAAGUGCUGCGAGGGACUCGUGGGAGGAUCAGUCCGUGCCCUCACCUCGCAGUACAGGAUGACGAACAAGCCUGCUCCAAAGACUGCAAGUCUCUAUGUCAAGGGUAUCACACACCCCCUCAAAAUGGCAAUGUCGACAGCCGGCGAUCGCUCGAGCCAUGGCUUCCUCCUGUUCCUGUCCGAGGCCCAUCGCGUCAAGGCUGUCAACGACAUCAUCACUGCUGUGUCAGCCAAGUAUCAAGAGCUUGUUCUAGAGCUGUUCGCCAACGUGAAGAAGCUCGGACAGGCUAGUUUCCACACUGAGGAAGCUUCAGAAGGGAUCGGCUGA